CUGUCAAGAGAAAGUUGAAAAGACCAUCGGUUUUUAAAAGUGCGAAAAACUCAACAAACUCAAAAUGAUGAAUGAAAUGGAACCAAUUUUUACUUCAAAGUUGAUUCAAGCUUGCAUAACUUGCAUUAGAAUUAUAGAUAAUUACAUUCUAGCAGGCAUAGGAGGAAAUAUACACAUAUACAAUGUUGUAACUACAACAUUCUUGAGAAGAUUCAAAAUAUUUGAAGGGAGCAAAAUCCAUGGAUUGGAAUUCAAUCUAACUGAUAAGCAGGUUUUCAUUUACAGCGGUCAGAAAAUGAAAUUAAUAAAAUAUGAAGGGGAUUUUGAAAAGUUUUCUAGAGAGCCUUCAUCCUUGGCACAAGACUGGAUUCUUGCUGCUAAGUUUAUCGACAAUAAUUCACGGAUAGCAACUGUUAGCAUGAAUAAUAUGAUUCAAAUACGAAACUUAGCCUUAGAGGUAACUGAGGAAUAUGCUUGUAAUGAAAGAUCGAUGUUGUAUAGUGCUGCAAUUGGGUAUAAUUUAUGGGAUGACUUGGUUAUAUUUGCUGGAACAGCAUUUGGUAAUUUGUUAGUGUGGAAGCCUUCAGUCAAUAAUGAGAAAAAGUGUGCAGUUUUGGAAACACUGAAAGGGCACAAGGGUGUUCUUCUUUCUGUUGAUUUCAAUGAACAUCAUAGAAUGGUGUGCACAACUUCAGAUGAUAGAUCGUCUAUUUUGUGGGCUCAAGAAGGUAUCAAGCACAAAAAAUUUGAGAAAAAAUGUAAGGUAUAUGGUCAUCAAGCCAGGGUAUUCUGCUGCAAAGUGCUACCCAACUUUUUCAUCACAGCCGGUGAGGACUCCGUUUUAAACAUUUGGAAUUUCGACGGCACCUUACUGAGAAGUGUGGAGCCCCACCAAGGGGGCGCCAUUAGGUCACUCGGAUACCAUGAAGCCAGAAAUUAUGUAGUGUCAGGCGGGGAAGACGGUUCUUUGACCUCCUUCAGUGCUUUCACCUCUGUGGAUGGUAAAAAAAUCGACAUGCCUAAAAUGGAGGUACCGAGACAACUCGUGCUGUUGGCCAGCGGAAACGUCCUCGUUAUGUCGGAAAGUGGCUAUUUGUUCUGCUAUAAUGUCACCCACAAUAAGUGGAUUUUGGUGGACCAACACAAGGAAAUGGAGCAGUCCUCUUUACUUGAGGUUUCGCCCUGUAGGAAAUGUCUGGCUGUUGUAGGUUUUCACGGGGAGAUGCAUUUCUACAAAGAGAUGAAAAGCACCGUUGUCAAAAAGUGCUCGUACAAAUUGGAGACUCAAUCGAAGAUCGCUGGGGCCUACUGGCUGAACUGCAAGAAUUUCCUCACUUACGAGAACGAAGGUAGGGUAUUCACCUGGGAUGUUCAGAAGAACGCGAUCGAAGUGAAAUACCAAUACACCUUACCUUGGAAUGGGGAAAGACGUCUGACGGCAGCCUGUUUACAUAAGGAAUGUCUGGUUAUAGGCGAUCGUAAGGGUCAUCUUCACGUUUACAACGACAAGAAGGAAUUUCCAAUAAGGAGCAUGAUGAAAGUGCAUACGAGCCAAGGGGUGUCCAAACUAUACAGCAUCUCGAACGUUGUCGUUUCACUCGGCAGAGAUUCGCUACUGAAGAUGCACAAACUCGAGAAAGAUCUUCGUUUAACACCUGUUUCAGCCGAUAAACUUCCUUUCAACUGGUUGGGAUCGCUUUACAAAAACUACCUCUUGGGUUUUUCGGGGGAGAAUCUGGUUCUCUGGGACAUUAAAGCGAGAAGGACUUUGAUCAAGUCACCGUGUGGUGGGGGACACCGUUCUUGGGAUUUCGGCGACCAGGGAUUCGUGUAUCUGAAGAGCAAAUCGAUAAAUAUCAAACAUUUCGAUAUAUCGGCCAUCCUCCCCCUGGAUUUCAUCUGUGGUUACCACGUGAAGGAGAUAAAUUGUUUGAAGGCGCUGAGAGUUGGAGGAUAUUAUAUAUUGGCUUCAGGAGGCGAGGAUACUGUUCUCCGUUUGAAGAAGAUCGAUCUGACCAAGGAAAGAGCGGAGUUAUGUAGCAUAAAAAAGUUUAAAUCGCACUUAUCCAGCAUUAAAACAAUAGCGUUCCAUAAAGUCGAGGAGAUUGACGAUAAAAUAACCUACCUCAUUUUUUACGGAGGUGGACGAGAACAAAUCCUCAUGUAUAAGUUGCAGAUAAGCGUGGAUAAUCCUGGUUUAGAUGUCUCGUGCAUGGAGCAAGAUUCCUAUUACAACAAUUGUAACGACGUCGAAACAAGAAUUAUGGAUAUAAACGUCGUUGAAUACAACAAGAGGAUGUUGCUGUUUGCCGCAUGUUCAAACGGUAACAUUCACCUAUUCAAAAUAGUGAAGGGUGAGAAUCCCGAUCAGUACGUCUUGAAAUUCAUGAAAACCUUCAAGUAUAAAAUGAGAUGUUUGUUGAAAAUAACGAGUCUAGUCACUGGAAACGUGAAAUUGUUACUAACGAUGGCCACAGAUGGCCUUUUGGUAUUUUGGAACGUUAAUGAGGUGCUGAACAACGACAACCCCACCUACUUCGACACCGUACCAGCACACCAAUCGGGAAUCAACAGUUAUUCCAUAAAAACCCUAAGUGACACGAGACUCUUGAUACUGACCGGAGGGGAUGAUAAUGCCGUAGUUUUGAAUCUGAUCGACAUAACGACAUCCGAGAACCUCAAAGUUAACGUUGUCGAUACUUUCAAGGAUAUCGGGGUGCAUUGCGCAAUGAUCAGUGGGGCUUUCAUCUGUGAUAAAUUUUUUGUUACCACAUCGAUCGACCAGAGGGUUUUGCUGUUCGGAUGGGAAAUUAUCGAGGAAAAACUGAAAUGUAGGUGUGUAUCUAUGUUUCACACCGCCAUAGCUGAUGUGCAAGGUAUGGAUUGCUUCAAUAAUGGACGUUUGGAUCUUUUCAUUUACGGAAAUGGCUUGGAAUACAUAACCUCCAGGAGAAUACUCAGCGGUUGAAGUCCAAGAAUUAAGUUGUUGAGACAUGCUUGGAUUUUUAUGAGAGAUUAUUUUGAAAAUGUUGCAAUGCUAAAUGAGAGGAAACGUUGAAUUUUUCGUUACUUUAUUUGACAACUGUAGUAACUUCUUGCAACUAUAAGUGAAAUUUAUUAUAAUCUAUUAGAAUUUGAUGUGCCGAUUGCUUUAAAUGUAAGCUCUGAGGGAAACUCUGAACUGAAAACACCAAUGCCUUCGUCAUGGUUAGAUGUUACUUUCGUGAAAUAAAUAUAUAGAUGUUUUGCA